AUGGGGAUUGAAGAAAGUCAAAUUUGCAAUCCAUCAGAUCGUGAAUUUUUGUCAGUUGACAUUUUAAAUAUUGUAACAUCAUCAUUAUCGUUAAUGGGUAGUGCAUUAACUAUAAUAUCAUAUAUUUGGAAAAAAGUUAGAAGACAUAGGAUUCAAAAACAACAAAUUCAACAACAACAGCAACAGAUUGAAAAAGGUGGAUUAUUAUCAUCAUCAAUUACAAUUGGCAAUGGUAGUUCCCACUAUGGUGGUAUAGGUGGUGGUGGUGGUUCUGGCAAUGGUACUGGUAUUGGUGCCAUUGGUGGACCACAUGGUACUUAUAAACAGCCAACAUCGAAAUUACCUUUACUCAUAUUCAUGUUAUCAAUUGCAGAUUUCUUUACAUCAUUUUUCAUUAUCAUUUCUCAAUCUUAUUUAAUCAAUAAUUCAAAAUCAUAUAGUACACCCUAUUCACCAGAUUUAAAAAUUCAUUUCUCACCUUGUAUAAUCUUACGUGCCAUAAUUCAAUUCUUUUUCUUAUCAACUUUUUUUUGGACAACUUGUAUCUCUUAUUAUUUAUUCCAUCAAUUAUCAUCACCAGGUGAAGAGAAAUAUUUAUUAGCAAUUUUUAAUGUUGUAUCAUGGGGUAUACCAUUUGCAAUUUCAAUGGUUAUAACAAUGACAAAUUCAAUAGUUGUAAAUUCUGAUGGAUGGUGUGAGGUUGCAAAACCAAUGGAAUUAUCAUUAUGGUUCCUUCCAUUAUUUUUAUGUUUAUUAGUUUGUUCAAUUUAUUAUUUUAGAUUAAGAAGAUUAUUUAGAAGUAAAUUUGAAUAUAGAUUACAAAUUAAUGAUCGUUUAAAACAAUUAGAUUCAACUAUAUCUAGACGUUUAACACUUUAUAUUGUUGUAUUUGUAAUUUGUUGGUUACCAGAUGUAAUUCAACAUUUCAUAUCAUUCUUUUCAAAAUGUACUUUCUUCCCACUUUUAAUAUUACAAAAUAUUUUAACACCAUCACAAGGAUUUUGGAAUUUUUGGAUUUAUUCAUACACAAAUAAAAUUGCACGUUUCACACCUUCAAAUGAUGAAAAUAAAAGAUUAUUACAAUAA